AUGAAAGGUACAGCCCAAGAGCUCUUUGACGGCAGAUCAACAAGAAUGGAGCUUCAUGGUCUCCUCAUCAUUUUUGUUUUGCUUUUGCCACAAGAAAACUGCCAAGGAUUCAAAGUCUCUCAGCCUCAGAGCCCAAUGGAAGGUGUGGAGAGUAGCAACGUCACUUUGAUCUGCGAUGUGUCUAGUGAGACGCCACUGGGACCUCUGAGGUGGUACAGAGCUGCUGGCAGUGAGCGCACACACUUCUACUCAGGAGCCCCCAAAGGAGGAGAUAAGAAUGACCGUCGAGUGACCUGGGCAGUGGAGAACCCAACUGUCAACUACAGCAUCACAAUAAGAGACCUCAGAGUCAGCGACACGGGAGAGUAUUACUGUGUGAAAUACACAAAGGCAGAUGAGAACAAACCAAAUGCUCCACCACAUGCCACAGGACCGGGGGUCAGCCUGACUGUGAAAGAGUUCGUCAAUCAGUCACAAGGCUCCGUGGAUGCAGUAGUGGGAAGUAACGUGACCUUACUGUGCCUUCUGUCCAGUCCGCUUCUAAAAGGACCAGUCAAAUGGAUGAAGAAAACGAGUAAUGGGAAAAAACACAUCUACUCUUCAUUGUCCUCAGGAACUGAAAAAAAUGACUCCCGAGUGACCUGGACAGAAGCGAAACCUACUGUCAACUUCAGCAUCACCAUUAGAUCUGUUCAGCUUAACGACACUGGAACAUAUUAUUGUGAAAAAUACAAAGAUGGAGACAUGAAUACACCCUUCAAAGCAAAAGAAGGGGUCCAACUGAAUGUGAAAGGGUCUCCCAUAAUUUCUGUCCUCAUGUUGAGCAUAGCUGUUGGAGUUCCUGCUGCUGUCCUCCUCACUGGAAUCAUCUUUUGUGUGGUGUGUAAAGGUAAGCAAAUCCAUGUCAUGCACAGAUGUAAUAAUUUCUAUAUUACUGAAAUGAAUGCAGAACAACUCAGAGAAAAAGAGACCAAAACGAAGAGCAAAAAGAACCAGCCAGAUAGCAGCUUCAGGUUGCUGGGUGUCCACAUCAACAACUGCUUUUUGUGGUUUGUCACCACCACCUGCAUACUCAAAAAGGCUCAGCAACAACUCUUUUUCCUGAACAGUGUAAAGAGAUUUGGGGAGGAAACCAAAACACUAGCAAAAUUUUCCCGCUGCACUAUUGGAGAAAUCCCAUUUAUGCUGAUGGUGGAAAGGAUAAAAACAGAAAAGGAUGCCGGCAAAAUCCCGGAGACGGAAAAUCUUGAAGACUGCUCAGAGGUAAAGAAGUAUCAAGUGAAUUUUCGGUCUGAUCAGCAGUCCCCUGUCACCACCGAGCCACCCGAAGAAUUUUAUUUGAACACAACAGUUCCAAGCAAGACAAAAAAGUUGAAGGAGAAAGUGAAGGAUCACAUCCCUCAGAAAAAUAGCAAGGAAGGCCAUGGAGAGGAAGACUCUGAAGAUGCAAAAUGCAAAAACAGAAACCCCAUUUAUGCUGGUGCAAAGAAGAACUGUCCUGUCACCACAGAGCCAUCAGUAGAAUUGUAUUUGAACACACCAGUUCCAAACAAGAGAAAGAAGUUGAAGAAGAAAGUGAAGGAUCGGAUCCCUGAGAAUAGUGGCAUGGAAGGCCAAGGAGAGGAAGACUCUGAAGACACGAAAUACACAAACAGAAACCCCAUUUAUGCUGGUGCCGGGAAGAACUGUCCUGUCACCACAGAGCCAUCAGUAGAAUUGUAUUUGAACACACCAGUUCCAAACAAGAGAAAGAAGUUGAAGAACAAAGUGAAGGAUCGGAUCCCUGAGAAUAGUGGCAUGGAAGGCCAAGGAGAUGAAGACUCUGAAGACACGAAAUACACAAACAGAAACCCCAUUUAUGCUGGUGCCGGGAAGAACGCUCCUGUGACCGGAGAGCUGGCAGUGGACCUGUUUGCAGACUCACCAAUGUGUGAGCAGACAAAGAAGAAGAAGAAGAAGAAAGUGCAGAUUCAGAAACCUGAGAAAAAUCACACGGAGCCCCAAGAAACUACUGUUGAAGAAGACGGCGCUGACUACAUUAGCUUUGAUGAAUUGGAGCCAACUGAUCCACCACCAGAGCUGCCCAGUCUGAUCCAAGAAAUCCAGAAUGUCCAGCUUCGUCGAAAAACCAUCAAACAAUCUCGUCGCAUCCAGCAGUCAAUGCUAUUUUAUUGAAGAAAACAAAAACAAAAUAAGAAAAAAAAAACAUUUGAGUUCCUUAAUACUGGGCAACAGCAGAAAGAACAAUUAUUAUUAUACGGGUUUUUGCAAAUAAGAAGGACCUGUGCUGAAACGAAUACUGCCAUAAAACGUCUCUAACUUAUGUUCAUUUAAAAACGUCUUAAGUUUGCUCGACUAUCUUGCUAGGUGUAAAGCUUUAAAGCAACAAUGUCAGUGCGUGAAAUGACCUCACAUUUUACUCAACAUGUGGACAAUGGAUGUAACACUCAGAAGCAUUAGGACAAGUACAAAAUAAUGAAGAUCCAGAAGUGCAACAGUCACAUGAAAAUGCUCACCGUGUGGAACGUAUAAAGAAUCCACUAUUGCUAGUGUUGCAUUUUAGCUGGGGGUCCUCCACUUGCUGGGGUUCAAAAACUUGCUUCUCUUUUUUAUGUUCGUUGUGUUUUAUGAGUGGUGCCUCAAGUCCACUGCCAAGGCCUGCCCUCAGCCCCAUAAAGGCAAGAGUCUCCCACAGUUCCUGGUGGUUCAUCUCAAGUUUGUUUGAAAGUUUUCAGAGAGUUAUGGUGUUACUAUUGUGCUUAUUUUAAAUUGGUGUGUUUUUAACCUUUUUGCUCUGUUUUGUGACCACCGUGGUAGAAAUUAAAUUGGAAAUCUGUUACAGAAAGGAAUCUUGUCCUCAACUAGGACCUCUUUGAGUCAGAAAUCAGGCAGGAGGAAGCCUGUCCAUUGCAUCUUUUAUUUUCUCUCCAGUAAAUGCUGAAGAGGCAGCAUCCUGUAUAAAAAUCUACGAAGGGACAGUGCCCUGGGCAGAGGCUGGCAGCAAGAGGUCAAAGAAUAAGAGCAGAGCUUUAUAUUUAUAAGCAACUGAAUUGAUAUAACAGUGCUGAAUUUCAAGAUGUCUGCGGAGAGAAUGUCAUCCUCAUUGAGAGGUUUACUUACCUCGGC